AUUUCUUAGAAAAAUGCUCCAUUUCUAAAAAGUAAAAACCAAACAUUCUUUUCCGAUCCAAACAAGGAAAAGGCCGUUUGUCGCCAGCUUCGCAAGAACCUUCACGACAAUGAGUGAGCAUCACUAGCGCUACCAACCAAUAUCGGUGGCUGAGAGCUCCGAAUAGAGGUGAAACUCCAUAACCCAUGAUGCAGCGACACCACACACAAUCAGAGAUUCAUCUAGGGUUUUUUGCCCUUAUAAGGAGAAUAAUCACCUCUUCUCUUCCUUCCUCUCCAGUCCUUACUGUUGAAUUGCAGAAGAUGAAGAUGGAGGCUCAUGAGGAUGAGAUGAGGAGUUUGUGCGUGACUCUAAAACCGCCUGAUCUAAACCUUUUCCCGAUGCGAUACCUUUUCUAUGGUCUUAGAUUCACGCACAAACUCGUAAUCUGUCUUUUCAUUUCCAUUCUAGGAUUUCCCGUUCAAUCAAUAUUUUCGUAUUUCAGUUUCUAUUUACAUUUUUCCUAUCCUUCUCUUCAUUUUGCAAAUCUAGGGUUGUGGUUCGGGAAGAAAAUGUUGUCUGUUUCAGAUUCGCUUACUAGAAUUGAUGGACCUGGAUUCUCAGGACUGCAGCUUAAGUUUCUCGAGACUCACUUUAUUCCAGAUCAAAGGCUUGCUUUGGGCAAAUAUAAAGGGAACUGAAUGUGGAUCUCAUAUUUCUAUAUACUAUCUUCUAGUUAAAUUCUAAAUUAUAUCAACUUUUUCUAUCUUCUGCAUCCCCUGAGUUUACUAGAAAGAUGAAGUGGAGGAUUUUGGAACUAUGGUAGCAAAUUUGCUGACGAGCAAUUACAAUUUGGAGUAUAUAUGCCAGAUAAUAUCAAAGAUAAUGGAAGAGAAGUUGAGUUAAUAUAUUGUAACUUUUUAACAAAGUGGUUAUGAAAUGCCUUUUUUUUGUUACCUUUAGCAUCCUCACAAUUGCAACAGUUUAUACUACAUUGACAUUAGUGUUUAGGAUGCUCUUGUCAUUAUUCUGAUAGGAGUUUUUUGAAGUUUUCUUCCUAGGGUAUGGGAGGUGUUCUGGACAGCUUUGUUGUGGCCAGGAUUGAGUAAAGCCAGUGAGAUUGCUUCAUGUUUGUUUUGUAGUAUGCAGACAAUAGAGUGGUUUUUGUGCAGCUGAUGAGAUUGAGUUAAAGCAUCAGAGGAAUGUUCUUCUUUGUCUAGUAGUUGUUUUUACACCAGGCCUCUUAAUCCAAGAGUGCUCAUAUCCUUGUGGGAGAGUCAGGAAAGUUGCAUCAGUUGGUGCUGAACUUAGGUUCUGGGAUUGGCACUUUCCAUAUUAUUUGCUUGUGUUAACCUCUGGGUGUUUCCCUUCAGCUAAAGCAGUUUUUGACACAGUUGCAGAGAGGGAUCUUUUGAGGAGGAAGGUGGAGGAGUAUGGGAAUGAGGAACAGGUUUGUUUCCAAGGUGUCAGGGCUACUGAUGGUUUUACCAUUUGGAAAAGCAUUUGGAAUGGGUGGCCAGUUUUUGGGAGAGACACAUCUAAUUCUUUUUUUGAAGAUGCGACUAAGGUGAGGUUUUGGUUGUUUGGGUGGAGAAGGGACUUUAAAGAGGUUUCUCUUAAUCCUUUUGUUAGGGUUACGAGUAAUGUGGAUUGGAGGAUGAAUGUAGGGGAUGGGCUUGGAAUAAUUACUUCAGAGUCCUGGUUUCUUUUGGCCAUUUCAAGAUUGCAAGUUAGAGUUGGUUAAUGAGUAUUUGGGCCAGACCCAUGAACUUGUGUUGAAGAGACUGGGGGCCAUGUAUUAGAUGGGGUAGAUGAUAGAAGGAAGUUUUCUGCUGAGUCUUAUUGUAAGGUAGCGGUGGGCGAUUGUGGAAUUCCCAUCCCUGGAAGGAUAUGCAUAGAAAUCACUUGUUGGUGCAUUGAUUAGUUGUGCCUCAUAUAUAGGGUCUCUUUUCCAGCUUGUAGGAGUUUGUGCCCAGAUACAAGAGCAACAUGGAGAGCUGAUCAAAUAUGCCUCCUUAAAACUCUUUGCAAGGAGAAUAAUAGGAGGGUGUUUAAGGGGAAGUGCAAGAAUCUGGAAUCUAAUUUUUAUUUGCUCAUCUCAUCAGUGGUCAGGACCAAUGUAUGAAAGGGGCUGGUACCUCCUCUCUUUCUUCAGCUUGUGCAUAAGUAAACACUUUGGACGGGUAGGUAAGAAAUUAUUGGGUCACUUGUGCUGCAGUAAAAUAAGAUGGGAUAUAUCAGCAUUGCCUCCUCACUCAUCUGCCAGAGUGAACUCCUUCCCUCUGCUAAGUUUGCUCCUAUUUGGAAUAUAGGGAUUUGAUUCAUGCUGAUCGUUCUAUUGUUACAUAAAUCGAGCCAAGUCAUGGGCCAGUGACUCCUCUGACAGACAUGAUUUUAUCUGCUCUUGUAUGAUCUUGACAAAACCUCUGCCUGCAUCUUGGGGAAAGCUUGAGGCUAAGGAGAACAUAGCAAUGAUAAUAUGAUACUUGGAAGUUUGAUGGUUACUAGUGUAGUGCACUAUUAGUGAAUUUUGAAGAGCUCUUCCACAAUAUCAUCUAAAAUUAUCGGUUUAUUUUGGUAGAUAUUUAUUUAGUUUUUAUUUUUAAUUUCUAAUUCCAGCCUUAUAGUUGGAACCGUAAGGUAUAGUCACUGUAAAAUUAAAAUUUAUUCUAUAAAUCUGUGAGAUUCUAACCGA